AUGCCCAGCGCAUCGGGGGCCGCAGUGGUCGAACAAACACAACUUCAGCAAAGCAUUUUCAACGCGCCACCACCGGGAUCCGUUGCUCCUGCAAAACCACCUGCUGCUGUUGACCAUGUCAUGAAUGACGCGGGUACGCCAGAAAGCCGCGGUCAAAAGCGAGGACGAGAAGACGAGGACGAAGGCGAGGAGAGCGAAAGCGACGUGGCAAUGGAGGAGGACAGUGACGACGAAUGA